AUGGUUUUGGAAGCUGGUUCAAAUCCGAUAGAAACAAUCAAACACCCUGGGGAAUUCGACACAAUGUUGAAAACAGUUUUAUAUCCUAAAGAUUUCGAUUCAGUCUCAGAAACUUUAGUUAUGAAAAUAAUAGAAGCUAUUGAAACAGCUUCACCAGCUGUAAUAACUUUCAACGGUAAAAAAAUCAGCAUAACUAAAAAACUUAUUGAUAAAUACAAAUAUUGUAAAGUCAGAGACGAUAUAGAUUUAGAAAGAAUUGAGGCGAACGCAAAAGAAGGUGGAUUUUUACCUUUCCUUCUACCUUUAAUAUUUGGUGGUAUUGCAGCGGCGGGAGGAAUAUCUGCCGCAGUCAAAGCUGCCAACGCAAAGAAAGCAGCUGAUGCUAAAGCCGCUGAAGAACGCAGACAUAAUUUAGCAAUUGAAAAGGAGGCACGAGGUACAGGAGUGGGAGAAAUGAUAGGCACAAUAAAAGAAUUUGGAAAAAGAUUUGGGGAAGAAACCAAGAAAACUGUUAAACAAGGAUUAAAUAAAUUAGUAGAUAGUAUUGACACGGGAGAAGUCAAAGUCAAACAUAAGGGUAAUGGAAUAUUUUGUAAAAAUAUACACACUGGAGAAGGAAUAUUUCUUUCAAAGUAUAAAGGAGAAGGAGUGAUUUUUGGAACAAAUUAA